CAGAAAGCCAGUUGGGAGAAGGAAGUACAUUUUGGUUUACAUGGAACAUAGAGCUAUUAUCAUCGAUAACACCAACUAUUUCAAAACUUUCAACUUCCUCAUUAUUAGAAGCACAAUUUGAUAAGCAAAUAAACCAUACAUUGCCUAAUUUUAUAAGAAACAAACGAAUACUAAUAAUUCACCCGGUCAUAAAUAUGAGAAACGCAAUGUUAACAUAUUUUAAAAUUGUUGAAAAAGUUGAUGCAUUCGAUACCAUUAACGAAGGUAUUAAAGCUGCCCAAACAUAUAAAGAACUGUAUAAUCAAUCUGCUUAUGACAUAGCAUUCAUCGGUCUUUAUGAAGAUAAUGAAGAAGAGGUCAUAAAAGCAGCAUUAAGGUUAAAAGCAUUAGAUAUGGAUAGUAAUAGAUUAGUUAUAAGUUUUAUAGUAUUUCCGAGUAUUGAAGGAAAUGGAAAAAAAUUAAUUAGAAAAGUUGGGGGAACCGUUUCUGUUAUUUGCACUCCAAUUACGCGGAAAAAGUUAAUUAAUCAA